UUUCUGUCACUGUCAAAAACAUACGUUCAAUUUCAUCAACACUGAAAUAUUUUCAAUUUUGUUAAAUAUUUCAGUGUAAUAUGGUUAUCAAAUAAUCGUUAGCCAUUUAAACAGUUUAUUAGUGAUCAAAUUGUUUCACAAUGGAAGAAAACAAAUCCAUUUUACAUGAAUUAUACGUGUUUUCUGAAUGGAAACCAGAACCUGAAUACAUCCAAAAGCCGGAUAAUAUUCUUCCGGAAAAUAUAUCGGCUCUUUGGCGAUGGUUGAAGUUUUUCGGACCUAAAAAGAGCCUUAUUGACAGCAUAGCAGCAUGCAAAGAAAGACAGCAGAAGUGGCACAUAGCGCUCGGGGAUGAAGGCAAGGUGAUUGCAGUCCUAGCUGAUAAUAUUCUGGAGAUCAGGACAAAGCGCUCCGAGUAUGCCACCAUAGCAGCUCGGACUACAGUGUCUCGAGAUGCAUACCCCCAGUGGCGCAAGUUGGUGUGGAGUCCAGACUGCUCGUUCCUGGCCAUGGCUUAUGGGAAUGGUGUGGUCAGCUUCUUUGAUCUGACUGCAUCCAACCUCUUUAAUAUACCGGCUGAUUGUACAAGACCAGGAGGGCUAGAAUGUACUGACAACACCCACGCAGUGGCCGACAUUAUUUUCAUGCCGCUCAGGGUAAAGGAUAACAAAUGGAACUGGGAGGUGCUGGUGGUGACAUACGACGGUCGCAUCCGCGGUUUCCUGAUCUCCGUGGAGGGCUGUGAAUUACACCACUCGUUCAGCUUCCCCGGAGGCGCCGGCGCCGUGGUCCCCUGCUCCGCGCGCGCCACGCUGCUGCUCGCCGGCCUGCCGAGGGCUGCAGUCAAGGACCCCUCGUCCCCGCUGAGCGCCGGCAUCACCGCGUGGCGCAUCCUGAACGAAGCGCCCUGGUACAAGCUCUCCGUGGUGUCCGACCAGCUGGAGACACAGCUAGCUAACCAAGGCUUCCAGUUAUAUCUACCAUUCGUCUCUACUAAGAACUUGGCCUUCAUAGUCCAAAUGGUGGUAUCCCCCGACAACUCCAAGCUGGUGUGCGUGCACUGCAACGGUGACGUCACGGUGUGGCGCCUCCCGCUGCUCAGGCUGCUGCACCGCCACCCGCUGGCCGCGCAGCCGCAGUGCGACCUGCAGAACCCGCUCGUCACGCAAGAGAGUGACGCCUUGUCGCACCACGCGGGUGACGUCAGCUGGUGGAGCGACGAGGAAGUAAUUGUGUCUCGGUUCAGCGGAGCGGUGUCCGUGUGCCACAUAGAGAACAUGGUCAACAUCCUCGGCAAGAAGCCCGAGUUCUUCCAAGGAGCCCCGAGGGUGACGAUGGCGCACGCCGGAACAUUCAUGGUACUAGAGUGCGAAUCCAAUGUGCUGCCGUCCAAGAGAGCCCGCAGCGAUGAUAGCGUGAAAAUGGUACAAAUAGAACCGGACACGGAAGACACGAUGCUCGACUUGACUCGUGAACUCUUCAAGUCUGUCAUGUUCGCUAUAACCGACAUGGAGACCUUCCAGCCUCGACCGCGUCGAGUAACUGUAGUCGCUCGUGUGUAUAGAUUACUUGGAGUUCGGAGUACCACUCCGCAGGAGCUGUUUUCUAGAAAGAUCGAGAGCGGCAACUACAGCGAAGCCCUGGCCUUGGCGGAGGAGUUUGCACUUGACAGUGACUUGGUUUACCAGCAGCAGUGGCGCAAGAACACAGUCUCCACAGACGCUAUACAGAAAUACCUGAGUAAAGUGUCAAAGAAGAUCUGGGCGGUGCACCAGUGCGUGGACCGGCUGCCGGAGACUCUGCCCGCCGCCAAGGAACUGCUACACUUCGGCCUCGAGCUGACCAACGAGGAGAUACUUCAUGAAAUAAACAAGGACAGAGAGGAGAAGAUUGAAGACCCGGAUUCGAUAGAGUUAUCAGACCUGAAUGCGUACACCACCGAAUUACUUCGCUGCCGCCAUGUGAUGCUGUUCUAUAGGCAGCGCGUCUCGCUCUAUGAGGCAAUACUCCGGUGCGAGAAGUCCACCUACGUAAAGGACGAAUACGACCGCCUGCGCGCCAACAGCCUCGUCCACAGCUCCAUAGAGCUCGCUAAAGAGGGCCGCAUAGAGGCGCUCACUUGUCUAUGGCCGCACAUCAAAACUGUGCCCAUGCAGUUGGCAGUGCUGGAGAGCCUGCCAGAGACAAUCAACCCGAUGGACUAUCAGCACCUGUUGCCGGUUGAGAGGAACUCGGAGUGGAUGGAGCGGAGUCCGGUGAAGCUGGUCGACAGUGAUUGGUGCAGGAAGGAGAUAUUCAGAUCAAUUUGGAGCUCGAACUGGUCUGAAGACAGCACGCCGGACUCCGAAACGGCCGCCGCUGACGACGAUAUAUCCCAGUGGUACGAUAAACGCGCGCGUGAGAUCGAGGCCAGGAGCGGCCUCGCGUCGCACGCGCUAACCCUCGCCACCCUCGCGGCCGAGGCCGGAGGCGUGCCGGGCCUGGAUACCCUCGUGUUCCACCUUCUCACCCUGGAUGUCCUGCUGUACGACCUGAACGUGGAGGGCGUGACGCUGGAACACCUGGAGAAGCUCAGCGCGCUGGAGACCUGUGGAUUACUCAUGAAGAUGUCAACGCCGAAAACUUUCGUGGCGGACCUGAAGCAGUUCGUGAUCCCGUUCCUGAAGCGGUACGAGACCCUGACGGAGCGCGCCGACUGCGUGGUUCAAGGGCUCAUGGACUAUCUGGAGAGCGUCAGUGUGGACGACCUGUCAUCUAUAUUACUGGUCCUACAAUCUCCGAAUGAAUUUGAGCUAGACGUCCGCACGCAUCUCGACUUGGCCGAGAAGUGCCUGUACGCGUACAACGGGACGGAACAACUGGACAAGGCGUGUGACCUGCUCGACACUAUAUUAAAGGAAACCGACGGAAGCAUCUCCGAAAGCGAGCUAAUCCGCCGAUGCGCGGAACUAGAGAAGCUAGUGGCCGCUAGCAGCCUCAUCAACUGGAGGGGCGUGCGGGUCACCGUUCAGGAGCUGAAGGAGAUGGUGCGCGACAAGGACAGGGCGAGGAUGCUGCUCGCCAGGGUGGCCAGAGACAACAGCCUGAUCAACUGGCGGGGCGUGCGGGUCACCGUUCAGGAGCUGAAGGAGAUGGUGCGCGACAAGGACAGGGCGAGGAUGCUGCUCGCCAGGCGAUGCGCGGAACUAGAGAAGCUAGUGGCCGCUAGCAGCCUGAUCAACUGGCGGGGCGUGCGGGUCACCGUUCAGGAGCUGAAGGAGAUGGUGCGCGACAAGGACAGGGCGAGGAUGCUGCUCGCCAGGCGAUGCGCGGAACUAGAGAAGCUAGUGGCCGCUAGCAGCCUGAUCAACUGGCGGGGCGUGCGGGUCACCGUUCAGGAGCUGAAGGAGAUGGUGCGCGACAAGGACAGGGCGAGGAUGCUGCUCGCCAGGGUGGCCAGAGACAAAAACCGCGAAGAGAAAUGGACGCAACAGGAGUGGGAGAAACUGCUGAAAGAUCUGCUCGAGUUGCAGUCCACUUUACUCACCUGUGUCAGCAAAGAGGAGGUUUAUGAGAUCUACGCCUCCUCCCUCCUAACGUCGGGCGACGAGGCCAGCAUGAAGCUCGCGGCCGCCGUGCUGUCGUGCGGCGGCGCGCCCCCCCGCCUCGUCCCCCCCGCGCGCUCCGCGCAGCUCGCGGCCGCCUGCGCCAGGGAGUACUUCAACUCCAGCGGGGAACUAAGGGAGCCGGCGCUGCAGCGAGCCAAGUGCGCUUUGUCCCUGAUCCAAGACGAGAACGAAGAGAUUCAGAAGGAGCUGGACCUCAUCGCUUCGCUGGAGAUACUGAGCGCCUUCAACUUGGACAUACUUCCUAUUCAAGUUCGCCUGUGCGAAGAUAGACUGACGCUGAUCGAGAAGUGCCUGCAGUCGGACCCGAACGGGUACAUGGCGAGCGGCAAACUGUUGAAGCUAGCUAAAUUACUGCGAGUCGCCGGCGACGACGAGCAGGCCAGGGAAGGUCUGGUCCUGCAGCGGGUAGCGGCGGCGGCCAUCGCGGCGGGCUCGGGCGGGCUGGCGGCGGCGACGUGCGCAGCGCGCCGCCUCGCCGCGCUGCGCUGCGCUCCCGCCGCGCCGCUGCUCGCGCAUAUAGCGAGGCAGGCCCGGGCACACGCCGACACUGACGCCAGGAGGGACCUGUAUGCGGCCGCGGCCACCUUUGCCGAUCCUAAAGACAUUGAACAGAUUCUGAGAGAUAGAUUGUCUUUGGAGCUGGAGGGUAUGCAGCGCACGGCGGCGGCGGUGCGCGACCACGCGAGCCUCGCGGACCGCGCGCCCUCUACCGACGACGAAUUUGCUGACGCUAUCACCACGCCCGUCAUUGAGAAAAAGGACCUGGUGGCUCCGGUCGAGAAAAAGGUGCCCCUUUUCAACUAUCUGCUGGACACGUUCCAGAACAAGUUCUCCGGGGGCGACACAAAGUCCCAACCGAUCGACGCAUCCGACCACUCCAUCUACUGCCAGGAGUUCUACCGCACCCUCUACCCCGAGUUCAAGACACCGCACGACUACAACUACACCGCGUUCAGCGCCCCCAGCCCGCUCGAGCAGAGCCCGGCUCAGGCCGUGCUCAAGUGGUACUACGUGCAGAACUGUCUGGACAACUGCACGCCCCAUCUAGAGGGGGAAGGUAUACAUGUUCAUAUAUUAUUGCACCCUGUACGGACACAAGACGCCCCCAGCCCGCUCGAGCAGAGCCCGGCCCAGGCCGUGCUCAAGUGGUACUACGUGCAGAACUGUCUGGACAACUGCACGCCCCAUCUAGAGGGGGAAGGUAUACAUGUUCAUAUAUUAUUGCACCCUGUACGGACACAAGACGCCCCCAGCCCGCUCGAGCAGAGCCCGGCUCAGGCCGUGCUCAAGUGGUACUACGUGCAGAACUGUCUGGACAACUGCACGCCCCAUCUAGAGGGGGAAGGUAUACAUGUUCAUAUAUUAUUGCACCCUGUACGGACACAAGACGCCCCCAGCCCGCUCGAGCAGAGCCCGGCUCAGGCCGUGCUCAAGUGGUACUACGUGCAGAACUGUCUGGACAACUGCACGCCCCAUCUAGAGGGGGAAGUGGUCCAAAAGGUAGCCUCGGAGCUGGUGAGCAAGGACACGGCGCUGAGCGUGGCGUGCCUGCUGCGCUGCGCGCGCGACGCGCGGCUGUGGCAGCUGCGCCACUCGCGCGCCGCCGUCAGCGCCGCCCUGUACGCUAAUGUACUAGAAUGUUCCGCGCCUGAGCUCAGGGACAACGUGUACCUCACCAAACCGAAGCAGCUAGCCCGGAUGACUCUCGAAGGCCAAAACGCGUCGGACGAACAAAUGGAAGUGAUCCGCCGUUGCCUCGCCAAGCUGAGCGGGUGUAGCGAAGUGGACCAGAUCAGGGCACUCGGCCUCCAUGUCAACGGGCUACUGUUCUCGGCCGACCCUGACUACAGGCAGGAGAUCGUCUACAGACUCGCCAGAUCGCCAAACCCCGAGCACCUAGAACUAGCAUGUUCCCUGGCGUCAAAGUACGACAUGGACGCCCUGGAAGUGUGGAUGCAGCACGCAGAAAGCGACCCUACGCUGUCGAGCUUAAUGUCGACUUUACCUUGCAGCGACGCUACUACUCAUACUCGCAUCCGCGAAGGCCUCUGGCCGAAGAUCAUCGGCUCCAAUCACCACGCUUUAAUCAACUUCUUCACCAUCCUGAAGGGAGUUGAUGAGAAACCCCCGCUGUGGGGCCUCACGGCCGCCGAACACAUCAAACUUCUGAAGAAAGUCAAGGCUGCUUCUAACGAGUUGGACUACAAGAUCCUCUUAGAGCCCGCCUCCGAAGCCGAGUUCACCUCCCACAUACUAUCCGUGAUGCGUCCCGAAACCGCCGGCAUGGUCACCAAGCUACUGCGGACGUUGCCCCCGGCCUGCCAUCUCCCUCUACCGGUGCACACGCUCUACACCAUGUGGCUCACUAACUACUUCUUCAGUGAGCCAAGUAACGGAUCGUCGAGCAACAAGAAAUGGAUGCAGCGUUACCGGCAGUGCGCCAGCUACUUCAACAAGCUGGCCAAGAAGGAACUGCUGCGGUUCCUCGCAGACACCUGCUUCAGCGAGCAGGCGUUACAGACGGUCCCGGCAGGCACGCGCGGCCUGAUGCUGAUGCAGGCCGUGGACUACUGCCAACAGGAACAGGAGAACGACUUCAAGUUCACCAAGGAUGAGAUGUCCUGGACGCAAGUCGGGCAAGAGCUCACUCGCUGGGCGCGGUUCCUCGAGAACUACCACUCGGACACCAUACAGGGCAUCAUAGAGCACAGCUGUGUGCCCCGCGAUGAGAUAUGGCCGGAGAUAGAGCAGAGCCACGGCGACCCAACCACGCUGGUCCCACUUGUGGGCCGGCUGGUGCUGGCCGGGAUGGGCUCGGCGCCGCUCGGCACGGUGCUGCAGUGCCUGCACAUAGCCACCGACGCGGCCGGCGUGCUGCGACAUCUGGCCGACACGAGUGGACCGAGCGAAGUACCGACCCUAGUAACCCGCGUAAUCCAAUACCACAAAGAAGGCGUGAAACUAUCCCAGGAGUUAAUCGAGACCAUGAUGCAGAAGGCCACGGAAGCCGGUCUCCCACCGUACAAGCUGAUCGGUCUGCUAGCCCUCAGCGACAGGGGGCAGAUGGAAGACCCAGGGGACAUGGCUAAAGUGGCCCAGUAUACCGUGGACUUGAUAAAGACGGAGUUCAGUGAUGAGGAGUACGCUCAGCAGUUGACGGCCCUCAGCGACAGGGGGCCGAUGGAAGACCCAGGGGACAUGGCUAAAGUGGCCCAGUAUACCGUGGACUUGAUAAAGACGGAGUUCAGUGAUGAGGAGUACGCUCAGCAGUUGACGGCCCUCAGCGACAGGGGGCAGAUGGAAGACCCAGGGGACAUGGCUAAAGUGGCCCAGUAUACCGUGGACUUGAUAAAGACGGAGUUCAGUGAUGAGGAGUACGCUCAGCAGUUGACGGCCCUCAGCGACAGGGGGCAGAUGGAAGACCCAGGGGACAUGGCUAAAGUGGCCCAGUAUACCGUGGACUUGAUCAAGACGGAGUUCAGUGAUGAGGAGUACAAGGCCACGGUUGGUCUCCCACCGUACAAGCUGAUCGGUCUGCUAGCCCUCAGCGACAGGGGGCAGAUGGAAGACCCAGGGGACAUGGCUAAAGUGGCCCAGUAUACCGUGGACUUGAUCAAGACGGAGUUCAGUGAUGAGGAGUACGCACAGCAGUUGACGGAGGACAUGCUGAUGACGGACGACGGCAGACGAGAGGCGUUCAACCAACUGCUGGAGCUGGCGGAGACGUUUGCUCGCAAGAAGGCGCUCGUGGACGUGGUCAACUGCUGGCCCCCCAGCAGGGACAGCGAGUCCCGCAGCAUCCAGUUCCUGUACAUUCAGCACUUACUGUCCGACUGCGAGCAGCGCGAGCCGCGGGUGGUCAUCAAACUGCUGCUGCGGCGACCAGUACUCACACAGCAGGAAGUAAAAUGGCUGACCUCGAACGUUUCGGGCCUGUCGAUUGUCAGCUCGCUGUGGGUAGUGGUGCUCGCCAAGUGCGACAGGGACCAGCUGCUGUGGCUGGCCCUUAAACACAAGAAUUACCUCACGGACAUGGAAAUAGAGGAUGAUCUAAUCAAAGAGCUGCUCGACAACGAUUAUUUCAUCAUGAUAGUCCCAACGCCCCUCUACUCUUCAGCCAUAAACUACAUCGUGGGCAGCGAGUCCACUGAACAAAACGCCGGCGUUUAUUCCAUACAGUGGGCGGUCUCUGAGCUGUGCAAACAUGACUACGUGGCAGAAGCCGGCCAGCUACAGUUGAUGGCUAUGGGUGUGCCCGCGGCUUUGCGCGGAUUCACGCAAUCUGUUUUGUAUUGUAGGAACUUGUUUAAGAAGUAAUGUGUAGGUUAAGGAAUGUAAGUUAUAGAAUUAUUAUAUGAUGCAAUCGGUA